GUCAGUAAGAGAGCGUUAAAGUAUAAAGACAUUCGUUACAGCUUUAUAACUCUGUUUAUUAUAAACGUGAGGAUGUUCAUGGCGGGUGUUUGUUGUUGUUUGUGAUAUUUCUGAACAUUUUCUUGCUGUUUUGAGGAGUUAAAGCGGUCCGGCGCUGUGCGUUUAUUUCACUUUAAAACUUUCCUGUGACUUCUCGACUUUGGCAUCAGAAGCUAAUCAGCUAAACUAACAGCUCUGUUAAAACGAGCAGACGAGAGAGUGAAAAUCAUGUCGUCGGCGGAGGAAAGAUACAAGCUGGUGGUGGUGGGUGGAGGAGGUGUAGGAAAGAGCGCCCUCACCAUUCAGUUCAUCCAGUCCUACUUCGUGUCUGACUACGACCCGACCAUCGAGGACUCGUACACCAAAAUCUGCACUGUGGACGGGAAGGAGACGAGAUUAGACAUUCUGGAUACAGCAGGACAGGAGGAGUUCGGAGCAAUGAGGGAACAGUAUAUGCGCUCGGGAGAGGGCUUCCUACUGGUGUUCGCCCUGAAUGACACUGGAAGUUAUAAUGAAAUCCAGAAGUUUCACACUCAGAUCCUGCGAGUAAAAGAUCGUGAUGACUUCCCUAUGGUCCUCGUGGGCAACAAAUCCGAUCUGGAACAACAAAGAGUGGUGUCUAGAGAAGAAGCCAUGUCAUUUGCCAGAGAGAACCGGAUCCACUAUAUGGAGUCGUCGGCAAAGAAUCGUUAUAACGUGGACGAAGCCUUUCUGGAGGUGGUGCGAGCGAUAAGAAAGUUCCAGGAGACGGAGUGCCCCCCUCAGCCACCUCACCAUCGGAAGCAGAAGCGUGGCGGCUGUCCCUGCACCAUCCUCUGAUUGCCUUUACAUGCUGUCGCCAAGGAGACUGAACCACCCCCUCCAUGUCUGGUGCCUUAUUUGUCUGGUGUGUGUGUGUGUGUGUGGAUGCGUAUGGUGGCAUUAUGUGUGUUGGUUAUGUGCACAAAUAUAUGGAUGUGUGUGUGUGUGUGCACGCGUGGAUGCUUUUAGUCACAGUAGAGACUGCGUUCAUGUUCCAUACGAGACGUGAUUCUCUUCACAAAGGGAACAACAGAGUUUAAUCGUAAUGGGUUUCGGUUUCAAACGCACUUUUUAUUAAGUACAUUUUAAUAUGUCUUGAUUUUUUUAAAGUUGAUUUCAUGAUGAUUAAGCGUUUCUGUGAUUGCAGUUUAAUGGGACAGAUGGUGGAGGGGGGAACAGGGCGUGUUUGUACUUAUGUAAUAUGUAUAUAAUAUCCACCGUCUUGGGCUACGUACCCAUUUCACACUGCUUGCAAACCCAUAAUACUGCGUCUGAUACCAACGGUUACUUAACACUGUUGUUGUGUUUUUUGUUUUAAUAGUUUUACAUUAAGAAAAUGACUUUUGCUUCAGUCAGUGAAAGAUUCCUAAAAAUGCCAAAAUAUUGAAGUAUUGCUCAGAUUAUUGAUCAGACAGAUACAGCACUGCAAAUCAUGCUUUCACUGGGCGCAAGGUAGGAUAACCAGCCUGUCCCAAAUUCCGGCAUAGUCGUUCAUGUCUGUGUAGACGCCUGCCUGGCUGAUAGCACCGCCUAGAUUCCAACCCCGAUAGGCGAAUAGACUGCUGUGCCACCAGACCUAUUGUGUUUAAAUGAAUUUAUUGAUAUGGGUUCCUGUUCAUCCAGCUUAUCUGGCAACCCUUGUCUGUAAAGUGCUUUUUGAAAUGUUAACAGAGGACAGUGUUAAGACAGCUUUGGAUUGGAAGGUCGAUGGUUCAAGCCCUGUCACUGCUGCCACUGUUGAACCCCUGAGCCAAGUUUUUAGCCCUCAGUUGCUUGGAUUGUGUUCAGUUUGCAUAACGUAUGGUAAAAAAAAAAAGUAAAAUGCUGGUUUUUACAUUUUUCCCCCUCAUUUUACAUACAAACAGGAAUGCGAGUCAAAAAAGCAAAGUGUGAGAUAUAAACAUAUAUCAAAUCUGAGAUAUAAAAUCAACUUGUCCAUCUUAACUGUUGUUAAUUAGCUAAGUGCUGCAGUCGUCCAUAAGACUAAACGUGUUAUUAAUAUACAUUUAUUCUUUCACACGAUGUGAAUUCAGCACAACAUGAGUUCGCUGCUUCUGUUUUGUAACCCACUAUGCAAUAGUCACAUUUUUUUAAAUCUGUGAGUUAAGUUUGCAACACUGUGAGUGCCUAUAGCAGGCAAACCGACCAUCUCUGUAAUCAGUGUUUGCUGUAUUUCCCCACUUUCCUCCACGACCCCACAGGCUCCUCAUCAUUUAAGCUUCAGAACUCCAGGGCUGACCCUGGGAUGAGUAUUGUAGUAGUUGCUUCAGACUUUUAACCAAAGAACAUGUGGUAUAUACGUUUGCACACCUUUUUCAGAAUGAACAGUUAAACACUAAACUAAGUGUGUGAGUUUAUUUGUACUGUAAUGCUGAGCGUGGCUUGUUUUGUGUGUGUGUGUGUGUUUGAAUGAAUGAAAGUGUGUGUCUGUAUAUUUUGGGGAAAUAGUCUGUGUGAAGGUACGCAAUUGUGCAUUCGCCCCCCUCCCUUCCCUCCCCAGAUUUAUUUGAUAUGCUUUAGGCUUGAAUGAUUUACCUGAUCAGUAUGCAGCCACACCCAGUUUACUUUAAUGUGCCAAUCAUACUUUGCCAGUAAAAUAAACUGGUUUGGCUUUAUUGGACAGACUGAGCAGUUGGCCUAUGCUUGACUGUAUUUCAGACACAAGAGGGCGCUGUUUACACGCUGCUGAACAAACGCCUUGUACAUAAUUCAAGACCAAGCAAUCAUCAGCAACCAUCACCAAUCCAGUUCUGCCUAAAGAUGUGUGAUAUAUUCAAUAGGAUAUGAAACAGUAUCAAUAAUCCAUGCUGCAUAAAGCCUGACAUUCAUUUUAUUUCUAAUCAAACUGUGGCUAUAUGUCCAGAUGCCAAUCUAUCCUGAUGCAUUUCAUCUGUGUAUUAUUAUAAGUUCACGUUUAAUUUUAUACUAAAAUGGAUAUAUAACUUUUUUGUACACAAUAAAAAUAGUAUUUACAGAAA